CAGUGGGCGAUUAGUACGAGUAUGCUACUCGCAAUAGAAUUCUCGGAAUACACGCGCCCCUUCGCCCACUCUCUCCACAAAGGUUCAAAUCAACCCAUUCUCUUCGUCACUCUCAAUUCCCUGUAACAGAUUUCAUCGCCCCCACUUUGACCUCAUUCUCCCGUCCUUCAAUGGCGUCGGCGCCGGCAGCAGCCCUGACCCGAGACCAGUAUGUCUACUUGGCGAAGCUCGCUGAGCAAGCCGAGCGCUACGAGGAGAUGGUGAGCUUCAUGGAGAAGCUCGUCACGUCCUCCACCCCCGCCUCCGAGCUCUCCGUCGAGGAGCGGAAUCUUCUCUCCGUCGCUUACAAGAACGUGAUCGGCUCCCUCCGCGCCGCCUGGCGUAUAGUGUCCUCGAUCGAGCAGAAAGAGGAAGGCAGGAGGAACGACGAGCACGCUGUGCUCGUUAAGGACUACAGAUCCAAAAUCGAGACCGAGCUUUCAGCCGUCUGCGCCGGGAUUCUGGCUAUUCUCGACUCCAAUUUGGUUCCCUCUGCCGUCGGCAGCGAGUCCAAGGUUUUCUACUUGAAGAUGAAGGGGGAUUACCAUCGAUACAUGGCGGAGUUCAAAGUUGGAGAUGAGAGGAAAUCUGCCGCUGAGGAUACUAUGCUUGCUUACAAGGCUGCUCAGGAUAUUGCGCUAGCUGAUCUUGCUCCAACCCACCCUAUAAGGCUAGGGUUAGCGCUGAACUUCUCAGUGUUCUACUAUGAGAUCCUCAAUUCAUCAGAGAAAGCUUGUACCAUGGCCAAACAGGCUUUUGAGGAAGCCAUUGCUGAACUGGAUACAUUGGGCGAGGAAUCUUACAAGGACAGCACUCUCAUUAUGCAACUACUCCGAGAUAACCUCACUCUCUGGACUUCAGAUAUGCAGGAGCAGAUAGAUGAGGCAUAGACUGGACUGGAUUGCUUUCGCUGUGGGGUGAUGGGUGGAACUAGAAAUUCAAUGGGGCUGUAUACUCUCUCAAAUAUAACUUAUAUCUGUUAGCUGUGUACACUUUGCUUUUCUUUGUUGUGUUUUUCUAGCCGUUCUGUCAACUGCAUAUAUCUCUCCUGUUGCUCUUAAGCUACUCACUUGGUGAGAAGCUCCCUUUGCGUCUCUUGCGAGUAGAAAUUUGGAUUGCCAGUUGAUCGAUCGAUUGACUGAAUUGGAUUCCCUUAUUUAUGAUGGUGUAAGUUUGUGUGUUUUCUUCUUUCUACAUUAUGUUUCUGCCUUUCUGGUAGCGCCUGUUUUUUCUGCGAACUCUCUUCUUAUUCCUGUGAGGUGAUCGUGCAUAAGCGUGAAGCGACAGUGGGCUAGGGCCAUCUCCAAGGUGCCCAAGAGCAACACUUUGGCACUCACUCCUAUAGGUGUCAAUCGGGCGGGUUCAGUCGGGUCGCGGGUUAAUCGGGUUGCGGGUCAAACGGGUUGCGGGUUGCAGGUUGAUCGGGUUUGGGUUGAUGGGUUGCGGAUCGGUCGGGUUACGGGUUGAUCGGGUUGCGGAUCAAUUGGGUUCGGGUUGAUCGGAUUGCGGGUUACAACAGGUCGGGUUGCAGGUUGUUCGGUCCACUCCAUCAAGUUUUUUUUAUAAUUAGUUAUUACACUAUUUUUUUUUAGGGAGUUAUUACACUAAUUUAAAACAAACUCACCGAUCACCAUAUUGCAAUGAAUAAAACAUGAAUGUACAUUAUUAAUGAAUGACUAGAUUUUGCUUGAAUAUAUUAUAAACAAGUUUAAUGUUGCUAGUUGUUGGUACCUUGUAGAGGAUUCAUAAAGGUUACAGAACCAACAUAAAUAAAUAGUUGAACAACAAGAAAUUGAAAAGCUGACAAAUUGUUUGAUCAUAAACCUGUGAAACCAUCUCUUGAGUCUUGAUAGUUGAGAGUUGAGACUGUACAUGGGCGCUGGGCCGGCACGACACGGGCCCAUCUUGUGCCCAUAUUUUUUGUGUCGUGCUAGGCACAGCCCAUUAAAUUUCGUGUCGUGCCAUACAAGCCCAUUUAACAGUUUUAUUAGGCCCGGCCCGGGCCCAAGCACGAGUCAAGCCGUGUCGUGCUUGAUCAUGUCUAUGUCGUGCUUUUAUUUUGUUCACAUUCGUGCUUAUUCGUGCUUUCUAGUAUAAUUUAACUUUCAUUCUUAUUUUAUAUGGUAACACACGCUUUUAAUAUUCCUUAAUCAACUUCAUCUACAAAUUAUUAAGGGCUCGUUUAGAGAACAAGAUUUGGAUCAUGGAUUUAUUGAAUAAAUAGAUUUAGUAAAA